GCUCUCUGCGUCCCGCCCGACCACCGACCCCGCCGCCCCAGCCUCGCGGCCCAGCCCUCCCCGCACCCCGCCGUGCCUGCCGCCUUUGUCGCCUAAUCGCCCACCCGCGGCAGCAGGCUCAUCAGCUUACCCCCGCCGCCACCAGCCACGCCUGCCGUCGCCCGGACGAUCUCACUGUUCAACUUUCCACGGCCGCUGCCCAUAUCCAGCCCGCCCCGUCUCGUCUGCCUCCACUUCCCUUUCUUCCUCUUCCUCUACCCUACCUGUACUUUUAGUCGCGCUCCAGUCGCGCCCCGCGAUGAUAGCGCACCUUCCCUCACCCGUCCUUUCCGUCGCAGCCGAUGUCGUCCGCGACCUCGAAGGCGAGGACGCCCUGUCCGGGCUCUGGGCCUUGUUCACAAAGUGCAAAGAGUCCCUCAAGGACGGCCGGCGGCUCGAGAACCUCUCCUGGCGUCUGUGGUACCGCGAAAUAGCCUCACAGCAGACUUUCUCCUCGCCAGGAAGCUUAUCGCCGCCUUUCUCUGAGAAGCAGCGGAGUCCCACUCCAAUCACACCCAUAUCAGAGGAGGACGAGAAUGCGCACGAGCAUGCGCCGUCUCCCCAACCGAUGCUUCAAGCCAUCCCCGACAUCCAGGCGCACUCAUGGCACGGCGAUAUGGCGAAACUGAAUGUGUUGGCCACUAAUCGCCGCAUGAGUAGUGCCAGUGUCCCAGGACACCGCCCAACACCACAGGUCGUCCAUGUCGGCCGCCUGAUCAUCGACAUCCUCCCCAGCAAGCUUAACCUCGCACUUCCGAGAGAGAAGGCGCAGGCGGCCAAGACCGCUAUUCACCCGAGGCCCGCGCCGCCAUCGGACGCCCCGACCCGUGUGACCACACGCCCUGUCGUCUCUGUACAAACUCCCCGCACACCUCCGUCCGCGGCACCCGUUUUCCCGAAGGUUGUUGUAGUCAACCCGACCCCGCAUCCAACCCCUCCCGCGACCCCGCAGAUGCCGCCUCGCAUGACGCCCGCACUCCCGUCGCCAGCGCAAGCUCCGACACACCUUCUUCCUCCGCCUCCGAGCCGGACCUUGAUUAGCCCUCAGUCAUCUGCCAUCCCACCUGUCGAACAGCCUGUCGCCCCGCGGAAGACGCCUGCUGUCCCACAGCCCUCCGCACCCGCAUCACCAUCACAUGACAUCCUCGCUCAGCAGAAGUUGAAGCAGAAGGAGCGGAUCGACGAGACGCUGAAGGCGUCCGACAGGCGGUUCUUCCUCCAGGGCGCAGCGUCGCCCGAGCAAGACUCGCCCGACAGCCACAGCAGCAUCUCGGCGUGCCUCUCCAACAAGACGGACGCCCGCAGCGACGAGCUUGCCGGGAGGAGCCCGAGCAGCGCGACGUCGAGCCAACUCAGUCAGGUACGAUCGGGCGGAGGCGGGGGUGGCGGUGGGAGCGGGGGUGGACACGGGCCGAGCGCGAAGCGCGGUAUGAUGCGCGCCCAGGCAAAGAAGAGCAAGGAGACGGUCCGCCAUGCGCCCGUGCGUCCGAUGGCGCCUCAUCGCGCGCAAACCCAGACGCACGUCCAGCACCGCGCAACCGGUGCACGCAAGGCCGCGAACGGCGGGGAGACGAAGAAGGCGGCGUUCAAUAUCGGCUCGGUCUCUUCGAAUGGCUCACGCGGCGGUCCGUCCAAACGCAAGGAGGAACCGGCCGCGCCUGCACCCAAGACCCGUCAGCACGAAAGUUCGAAGGCACCCGCGACGACUUCCGCACCGCAACGGCGCGGUAUUGUCGUGACCGAGUCAUCGGACUACGAGACGACCGACUCGGAGGACGACUCGGAGUGGGCGUCGGACAACGGCGGGUCUGAGCGGGCACGCGAGCGGGAGGCGCGCACGCGCGAAGAGAGCCGGCUGAAGCAGGCGGCGGAGGAGGCGCAGCGGCAGCGGAACAUGUUCGCAAAGGUGCCGCGGCGGUCGUACACGACGCUGCCGCGGACGCAGUCUGGCCUGCUCUCGCAGCUGAUGAACCCGGACCCGAACAUCUUCCCGCCGAACCACCCCUACCGGCGCGGCUUCUCUUCGCAGGACGUCACCCAGUACGGGCGCCAGGCCGCCCCGCCCCCGCUGCAGACGAGCAAGAGCUCGGCCGCGCUCCCCCAGGCGGCGGCCGUUGUCGCGCAGGCGCAGCGCACGGACGGCGUGCAUGCGAGCAGCGUGAAGGCGAAGGACGCAGCGCGCCCGAAGGGCCGCCCGCAGAGCGCGGAGUUCGAGGACUCGGACAGCGGGGACGAGACCGGGGACAACGGUCUGCAGGUCUCGCACAGUCUCGCGCAGCAGAAGUUGGCCGCGCUCGCGGACUCGAGUCGCCGACGCUACUCGGACCGUGGGCCACCGCCUUCCGAGCCUGCAGUCCGCCCCCAGAUCCCAAGCGUCGCCACCGCGCCGAUCCCUCUGGGCCACCCGUAUAAUUUGCCGGCCCCCGCCAUGCCUAUGACUCCCCGGACUACGCGCAGGCAGAUGCUCUCGACGGAGCUGUCGGAGAGCUUGCGCCGCAAUUUGCUCUGGGAGCGGCAGGUCAGCCGGACUAGUAUGAUGGGUCCCAGACGGAACGGUCUCCUCGGCAAUGGUCUCCGUCCGCUCACUGCUGUCCACGAUCAACCGCGGAAUGACACAUCGGGCAGCAAGAGCGGGGAUGAGGAUGAGAUCAAGGACGAGCGCAAGCAGCGUAACGUCGCGCGUAAUCGGAGCUGGGCGGACGACUAUCACUACGCGGGAUGGUAG